GAGUAUCAGGUUUGUGACCUCUCACCUUUACCAUGUAGGUGAGCUGACGUCCGCCAUUUUGUUUUGUGUCUCGUCUAGCGUUUUUCAAAUCCUCCAAACUGACGCGAUUUUUACCGAUUUGUAGGAGUCUUGGAGACCGCUUACUACCAUUGACCUUCAGAGAUGGUGGAGUUCACAUGUGUGCUUCCUGUUCAAGAGCUUCAAGCGGAACAAACUGCAGACGAGACGCACAUCAAAGAGGAGCCGACAGGAGACACUGGAUGGCAACAGGAUGGACAAGAGAACGUGCUGUGCCAGGAAACGUACAGUGAGGACCAGGAAACAUACGACUACCAACCAACCGAACAUCGAUAUCCUAGGAACGAGACUUACAACAGUUGGGAGCAGACAACACACACGGGACUGCAGCAGGACGAAAAAAGGGACGAAACGUGCGGUGUAAAAGCAGAAAUGGAAGAGUCCAGCUGUGGAUUUGUUAGUAUUGGAGAACAUUCUUGGAAGGAGAUGGAACUUUAUGGAAAUCCUGGGAAGGAGAGUGACAGCAGAGAGACCCAGACAACAGACAUGGGCCUGCAGCAGGAAACGUGUGAUGUGAACUUUCCCCAACCUGACAACACAUCAACUUCACAUGUACAGGAGAGAGGCAAGAUAGGUAGGCAUGUUGUUAAACACACCGGUGAGAAACCCUACAUGUGUGGGGAGUGUGGGUACAGAACGGCUGAAAGGUCUAACUUAUCCGUACACAUGAGAACUCAUACAGGAGAAAAACCCUACAAGUGCGACCAGUGCGACUAUUCUGUAGCACACAAAUCCCACUUGUCUCGACACCAAAGAAAGCAUACAGGUGAGAAACCCUACAUGUGUGGGGAGUGCGGGUACAGGACAGCUCAAAGGUGUACAUUAUCCCUACAUAUGAAAACCCAUACAGGAGAGAAGCCUUACAAAUGUGACCAGUGUGAGUAUGCUGCUGCACAUAAAUCCAACUUGGACAAACAUGUAAGAAAACACACUGGGGAGAAACCCUACAUGUGUGGGGAGUGUGGGUAUAGGGCAGCUCUAAAGGCCCAUUUAUCCCAACAUAUGAGAACCCACACAGGAGAAAGACCAUACAAGUGUGACCAGUGCGACUAUUCUGCAGCACAGAAAUCCACCUUAGACCGACAUCUAGCAAAACACACUAGGGAGUGUGGGCACAGGUUGGCUCGAAAAUCCAAAUUAUUCCCACAUAUGAGAACCCGUACCGGUGAGAAACCCUACAUGUGUGGGGAAUGUGGGUACGGGACAACUUGUAAGUCUCACUUAUCCCGACACAUGAGAACCCACACAGGAGAAAAGCCCUACAAGUGUGACCAGUGUGACUACUCUGCGGCAGAAAAGUUAUCUUUGAACGAACAUUUAGCAAAGCAUACUGGUGAGAAACCCUUCAUGUGCGGGGAGUGUGGGUUCAGGACAGCUAUUAAGUCUGACUUAUGUCGACAUAUGAGAAUCCACACAGGAGAAAAGCCCUACAAGUGUGACCAGUGCGACUAUUCUGCUGCACAUAAAUCCAACUUGGUCACACAUGUAACAAAACACACCGGUGAGAAACCCUACAUGUGUGGAGAGUGUGGGUACAGGGCGGCUCAGAAGGCUCACGUAUCCCGACAUAUGAGAACGCACACAGGAGUAAAACCCUACAAGUGUGAGCAGUGCGACUAUUCAACAGGACGAAAAUUCACUUUGGGCCAACAUAUGAGAACCCAUACAGGAGAAAAGCCCUACAAGUGUGACCAGUGUGACUAUUCUGCUGCACAUAAAUGCUCCUUAAACCGACAUGAAAAGAAAGCACACCGGUAAAAAGACCUAGCUGUGCGGAGUGUGCGGGUACAGGACAACUCAAAUGUCUAAAUAGCCAAGCAUAUAAGAACCUAAAGAGGAGGAAAAAAUACAUGUAUAAUUGUGUUACUGCAGGCAUCUAGGACAUCUUACCUUUAUCUACUUUUCGAAAGACAUACAAAAGAAACUUACUUCACAAGUGUGACAAAUGUACAUCAAACAGCUUACCUAAACUACCUAGUCCCACGACCUCCAGGUCAUGGGGGAGUGAUGCAAGGCAACCAGCAGGAUCUUUUUGAAAUAUAAGAGCUUAUAGUUAUACUGGCGACAGGUGUACAGCAUACAACUUUGUCCUCUUGAAACGUGAAAAGCUGUAGGGUGGAAGACCUCUAGUGGAAUGUGAAUUGUCUUAAUCUGUACCUGUGCCCGAGAACUACUCUGUGGUAAGGAAUUAUACAUGAGAGGCAGACAUGUCCCAGCGAGAUUGCGAGGAUUUUGGCAUAUGUGUCUUACAUAAUUCGACGAAGAUUUUGUACAUAUAGUUUCAGUACUUUGGCAUUGACUUUCUGUUUUGAAUUUUACAUGUUCUUUUUAAAUGUCGGAGAUGAUAGGAGUAUAGAAUUUAAACACGUUCUAACAGCAUUAUAUUUACGUGCUUUACUGAAGUCUUUUCGGUUUCAUAACCUCCUGCUUGUAAUAAUCAGCAUAUCGAGUGUAUUAUAUACAUAUAGAAGAAUUGACUUGACUUACUUAAACAGUAGUAGUCUGUUCACGGAUAUUCUCAGUUUGCUUAUAGCUAUAUAUAUCCUAACAAAAUGUUUGAAAACGUAGCGUAACUUUCUAAAGACCUUUCACAAUAAAAUUAAUGUAGGGAAAA